AUGAAUAUCUUUAAAGUUUCAAGUCUGCUUCUGAUUCUCGGUUGUGGUAGUAUUCUGGCAGGUAUCUGCCAGCAAAAGAACUGCCAGCAUGGAAACUGCCCUCCUGAUUGGCGCAAAGACGGAGCGUCAUGUUACUUCAUCAUAACGGAGAAGAUGACUUGGAACAACGCAAAGAGUCUUUGUACCGAGUAUGGAGCAACGCUUGGUAUCCCAAACUCACAAUCGGCACAGGAGUUUAUUUGGGAAUUCUUUCUGCAAAAGAUUGAGGACACCACAACUCCAAAUCUCUGGAUUGGUUUAAUCAAAGCGAAGGGACAUUGGGAUGGUCUGCUGAGUAAUACAAGCGGGUCUUACAAGAACUGGGCAGCAGGACAACCGGAUUCCAUCUAUUUGUAUUGUGCAGCAAUGUGGGGUGACCGUGGCGGUAAAUGGGAUGAUCAACCUUGCUACAGGGAAAACUACGCAGUCUGUGAGCUCCCUGUCCCCGUCACCAACACUCCAUUAUUCUGCCUGUACACCGGUGAUGAUGGUCGCCUUAGUUCUCAGUAA